AACAAACCGCACCGUAGUGACAGAUGACACAAACUUGCGAAAGUUGUUGUUGGAGAGACGACAGCGAGUAGGAAACUCAGAAAACCCCCAAAAAUGUUUAGGGAGCAUUGUUUUUUUGUAAUACGGACAUAAUGAAUCUGUAUUAAAGUCGGAUUUGAAGACACCGCCGGAUUGAAGAAAUCGAAAGUAAACAAGGUGAAAUCGGCUGUCUGGAGAAAACAGAAGGUAAAAGCAGGCGUCUCCUAACAGCAAUGGCCUCCCGUGAUAAAGCUUACGUCAUCCUCACAAAAGCCAGUCGAUCAGUCGGCUGGGUCAGAGCAGGAAGUAUUUGCUACAUAAAAGAGAAUCUAUAUUCUCUAAACUACCAAAAGAAGGACACUGUACCUGUCAUAUGUAUAGGUAGCAGUAUAACUUAUAAUUUGCCGCUUGAUAUUCUGCAGCCACUGUCACGGCAAAAGUCCGAAUUUCUCCUGGCAGUUGAAAGUUGUGAAGAGAGACUGAAGGAAUUUACACAGUCUGAGGCUUUAGACCAAGCUAUGGAACUGACUGUAGGCUCAGAAGUCACAGUGGCGCAGAAUGGCGAGUGGCUUAAAGGUGUGAUUAGAUACAUCGGCCCUCUCUCUGAUCCAGGUGUACUGGAUCCUAUUGCAGGAGUAUUUUUUGGAGUUGAACUGCAGGGAGAAGAUAAGGGUAAAGGCCAGAGUGAUGGAACCUACAGGUACAAAUCCCACUUUAAAUGUCAGAAAGAUUGUGGCGUUUUUGUCCCUUUCACCAGAAUCAGACCACUGCAUCCCAAACUGUCAGCACCAUGGGCUGGCAUCCCAGAGAAUCUCACACAGACACUCUCUGUUGGAGAUCGCGUAACCUACAUUCUUGAUGAUAAAAGCGACUGUCAGCAUGGGAUGGUCCUGAAUCCUAUGAAAGAUGGCAUGAUUUUGAUCUCAACGGACACGGAUGAACAUGGAAAGGCUGGAGGAGAGAGAGAAAUUCCAUGGCACUGCGUUAUUAAAGAGGAAGAUUUAAAUACAGGUGACUGGCACAAAUGUAAACCAGAAAGGAUGGAUAUUUCUGACAGUCCAGAUAUGGUUAAGGAUCCAGGUGCUGAUGUGGCUUUAAAAGUGGGCUCCGUGGUGGAGGUUAAUCUGGCUAAAGGACCUGCCUUUGCAACAGUGCGUUGGAUUGGCUCUCUUCCAGACAGACCUAGUAGAAUGGCUGGCCUGGAACUGAAAGAGGCAUGUGGGGUGAGUGACGGGACGUUCAAAGAUGUUCGGUAUUUCACAUGUGCACCUAAGCACGGCCUCUUCGUGAAGGUGUCCUCUUGUCGGCCUGGUGAUCGUUUCCUGGGAGAGACUGCAGUGAAUGGACACUUUGGCCAUGAUGGACAGGAUAUACCAGCUGUCCCACCCCUGAGGUCUGAGGACGUGAAGACGGUACUGACUGGCACGAUGAAGGGCAUCCAGGGUCACUGUAACUCCUGUUACAUGGACUCUGCCCUCUUUAGUUUGUUUUCCUGCUCAUCAGUACUGGACUCUCUUCUGUUUAAAAAGACUAAACCGAAUGAUGAACCCAUCCAGAAAACUCUUCUGAGGGACAUUGUGUGUCCUCUGCGCAGCAAGGGUUUUGUCCCUGAGAAAAGUGUGAUGAAGCUUCGGAAGCAGGUGCAGGAGCGAGGCCACUGUCCUAGCUACACCACGGAUGAGAAAGAUCCAGAAGAGUUUCUUACUCUCAUCAUGCAAGACAUUCUGUCACUGGAGCCACUACUGAAACUGAAAUCAUGUAAUCAGCCUAAAGGUUUAACAGAGAUGGAGCAGACAAGUUACUUGUACCAAAUCUUCAUGGAUUACAACCACAGUCUGGUUUUACCGACAGUUCAGCAGCUGCUAGAGCAUUCUUUCUACAACAAUGGCAUCAAACUAGCAGAGGUGCCUUCUUGCCUGAUCUUGACAAUGCCUCGCUCUGGGAAGCAGUUUAAAAUGUUUCCAAAAAUCAUUCCCUCGCUACAGCUAGAUAUCACUGCUCUUCUGUCCAACGGUCUUCAGCAGUGUGUGUUGUGUGGACAGCUGGCCCAUGUGGAGUGUAGCCAGUGCUUCACAGAUUCAGUUUUCAGCAGUACAGGAUUAAAGGUUUUCUGUGAUAUGUGUUCAACUCAGGUCCACUUUCACCCCAGCCGACAGUCUCAUAAACCCACAUCCCUGCGCUUCCCUGAAGGAUUUCCUCACUCGUGCAGUCCUGGUAGUCUAGCACACACAGUUCCACAAGAAAAACUGGAACUGUUUGCCGUGCUCUGCAUAGAGACCAGCCACUAUGUUUCCUUUGUCAAAUACGGACCAAAAAUAACUGACUGGAUCUUUUUUGAUAGCAUGGCUGACCGAGUGGGUGAGACUGAUGGUUUCAACAUUCCGGAGGUUAAAGCAUGUCCGGAAGUGGCACGCUACCUCAGUAUGCCUCUAGCUGAGCUGGCUAAGCAGGUUCCUCGUGAAAUGGAUGGUGUGGCAAAGAGACUCUUCUGUGAUGGCUAUAUGUACCUAUACCAGAGCCCCAGCAUGGCCCUGUAUCGCUGACACAAUCAAUCAGUACAAAUGUCUACACACUCACCCACACAGCAAACAAACAUUUUGAAUUCAAGGAAUACUGACAUUCCUGUUAGUAUACUAAUGAUUAAUGCUGAAAGGUAAACUUUCCUCUCCGUGUUUUCUCCAAGCUUUCAGCUGAUUGUUGGACUUUUGGGAGAUGAAAUAGCACAUUACUUUUUGGAUGGUGCUUUUUGAUACUAAUAGGAAAUACAGUAUACUUACAUAGACACAGUAUACUUUGCAUAGUGCCUUGAAACAAACAUUGGACAUAAUUAAUGCAAAAUAUUGUUAUCGCCGACUGUGAAUUUUUAGUACCACCUUUUUAUUCAGUUUCUAGGAAAGGAUAAUGCCUGAUCCUAUAAAACUCAAGAAAUUUACUCUGAAAAGGGAAAGAGUGGCGAUUUCUUUUACCAAGUCCAAUAAUUCCCGAGUUGCAUUUAUUGCCUUAUUUCUUCAUAUGAGGAAUGUAAUGUAUUGUUAAUCACACAACAUCCUGUUGUAUCCAGAAAACACUGCCAGACCUGUACAUAUUGAGAUCACCGAUACUAAACAAAUAUUAUAAACCGGUGAAAUAGCCUGCUGUAUAUGUAAUGGUACCGUUGCCAUACAAAUGAAAGAAAGUCAAGAAUGAUCAAAAACUGCUGUACAUUUGCUGUUAAGCUGUGGUAUUAAUGAGAUUCAACCAUCUAAAGGAGGCAUUCCUGUUUAUGUUUUUGGUGGCAUUGUGCCAAUUUUUAUUUGUGGAAGGGGUUGUGAUCCAUGGAAAAAAAAAAAAAUACUGUGUGUCUCGAACAUGCACUGAAAUGUCUUCCUUACUUUGUGCAUCUAAUACAAUCAGAUGUUUCUCAGGGAAACUGCAAUUUUUUGGGAUCACUGAUUUAAUAAAGCUUCCCAAAACAUGUU